UAAACAAACUAGCUGCAAUGCUAACGUUAGCUGGUUAGCUAGUUAUGUUAGCUAUCUGUGUGGCAACUGGAAAUACGAAGCUAAUUCCAGCCUCGUCACCAACACGGAUUAAAUUCGAAAUUAAUUAAUUCGAAAUUUAAUUUAACCCUCAAUAUAGCUCUGCAUAAUUUUAUUUUAUUUUGCUAUUUAUAGGUAACUUAUGUUUACUACGGACAUUUCUCCGAAUUCCAAAUAGAAAUAUUGUCAUUUAGAUCAUUUAUUUGCAGAAAAUGAGAAAUGGCUGGAAUAUCAAAAAAGAUGCAGAGCUUUCAGACCUCAAACAAUGCAAAGAAAACAAAUUCAUAUUCGUAAAGUUUUAAGAGUUCAGAAAUCAAUAUUUGGAGGAAUAACCCUGUUUUUUUAAUACCAGUUUUCAUGCAUCUUGGCAUGUUCUCCUCCAGUCUUACACGCUGCUUUUGCAAUAUCAGUUUCUAUCCGGUUACCGUUUGAAUUAAUAUCUAAUUAAAUCACCUGAAACAAGUUCCCAGCUGGCCACCAAUAUUAAUAGUCAUUAAUUUUAGGUUGAAUGUUGGUCAUGAGGUCAGAUGAUAAAAAGUUUACCUCAUGAUGAUAACGUCUAAUGCUGUUACGUGCCUGCAGGAUUAAUUUUCUGUGCUACUUGUUCUAAUUUCACUUUUUGCAAAACAGUAUAAAUAGGGAGAAACAGCAUUUCAAAAGCUUGAUUCUGCUCACUAAUUCAGUUUUUGCUGGCUCUUAGAUUUUGAUAAUGUAUUAGUAGAUAUUUUAAUUAUUUUAACAACCCCACAAAUAAAGCAAACAUUUUGCACUGGCAGUGCUCCACAGUGUUAUAACUCCCCCUUCUGGACUGUUUAUGUCUCUGCACUUUUAUAAUAAUCACAUAACAUCUUCAUUUUGCUUCUCUAUUAGAACAGAUGUAAAAACUUACUGAACUAAAGAAUAACACAAACGAUAACAGAAAUAAUAAAAAAAAACACUUUCUACAGUUAUUUAACUUGGUAAAAAAUGUAUUGUCAUACCGUUAGCCAAAUAUUAACAGUUUUGAUUAAAUAUGGCAAAAUAUUUUAACACUGGCAUGAUCUCUGCUACAGCAAAAUAAUAAAUAUUUUCAGUUGUUUCCUGACAGGUGAUAGGAAUUAAAUAGUGUCUAAAACAUGCUGUAUGGGGGGACAGGUUUUCUUAAUUAAUUGUGAAUUAUUAUUAACUUUGGAGACAUCUGCAUAUUAUCUAAGAUUCGUCUGCGCCAUUGUGUUCUAAAAAAUUAGAUGAAGACUCAAAAUCAGCCAGUCCUAGUUAUUCUUACUUUCCUUUGACAGUUAUUCAGAAGUUAAAAGUCAAUGUUAAAACAUGCAGAAAAGAGUUUUAAGUGUAAUACACACAGGGGUGUGGACGUUAUCAUGAGUGUAGGAGUGUAUCUUGGCUUUGUCCCAAGUCAGGGAAGCCCACCUUAUCAGAGAAAAACAGACUGGCAUAAAAGCACACCCUUUACCCCUCGCAGCCAAUCAGAGGAAUGGUAAGGCAGAACUCGCAAAUGUUUCGGCACCAAAUGAAGCGAUCACCAAGAGUACAGAAAAACAAGAUAAGCUGUUUUUGACAAAGUAGUGUCACUUGUUUGGUUACCACCAUGGCUAAACCACCAGACCACUACACUUUGCAGAGUUAAUUCAGUCUGAUUAACCAAAAAGGCAGGCUUCGUAAGUGUGCAAUACCAGAUCAAGCAUUAAAGGGACAUCUGAUCAACCAGGCAAUCUGUCCAAAGCAGCCAAAAGCAUGUCCAAAGCAUCUAGAGAUUACGUUGGGGACUUCCUCGCCGAAUUCAAGGAGCAGAUCAUUGUACGAGCAACACGAGUCAGUGACAUCAUAGAGGCGGUCUUGUCCCAAAACCUGAUCCAUGACAGAGCAGCUCGUCAAGUUGAAACAGCUCCUACUGAGCAAGAAGCGAUGAGGCUGCUGUUUGAGGCUCUGGAAAGAGAACCUUCCCAACACAGAGUGUCCUUCCAUCUAAUUCUGAGAAUGACUGAGCCUGAACUUAUUCAAGAGCUGGAAUGGCGCCAACGAAACAGCAAGUCUACUCAGACAGAAGCGGAUUCAUUUACUGGAGAGAAGAGAAGGGAGGAUGAUAAAAGUGGACAGAAGACUGACAAACAUCUAAAGAAAGACUCACUGAAGAGACGAAGACUUGAAACAAUGCGUGCCAUAGAACAGAUCGAGAAACUUUGGGAAGGAACAAAACGAGAGCGAAAUGAGAUCGACAAUAUGAGGGAAAGAAUCCGCAGACAACAAGAUGAGAUUGGCAGGAUGACACAGGAGAAAAUACAGCUUGAACGCACGCUCGCUGAAACGAUGAUGCAACUACAACAUGUCAGUGAAACGAUGCAACAAAACAUGGAGGAGAUAAACCAAGAAAAAGACAGGAUUGUGCAAUUGAGAUCAGACCUACAAAGAGAGAGGAAUGCCUUGGAACAAAGACGUGAUGAAAUUGCAAUUGAGAGACAGAACAUAGAAGUGAUGAAGUAUGAAACAUUGAAAGCAAAAGAGGAGAUGGAGCGCAGUCGUGAAGUUACAAAGUAUGAGAAGGACAGGAUGGAAGAAAUGAAAACUGCCAUACAGUGGCAAAUACAGGAAAUAGAAAAGAAAGUUGAAGAGACAAAACAAGCCAAAGAAAAAAUGGAUCAGGUGAGAGCUGAGCUUGAAGAAGAGCGGUAUGAUCUAGACAGGAAAAGGGAUGACAUUAAGAGACAAAAAGAGCAGUUUGAACAAAUAAAAAAUGAGAUACACAGAGUAAAAGAGGAGAUGGAGCAAAGAUGGCAUGAAACAGAGAAAGAAGAACUGGAUCGAAGAUUGGUUAUUCAGAGAGAGAAAGAUGAGUUGACAAAUGUAAAAGCUGAAGUUCAGAAAGCAAAAGAAGAAAUUAGAAAGAACAGAGAAGAGUCAAAACUAGAAAAGGACAGAAUAAACCAAAUGAAAGCUGAAAUGCUUAAUGAGAAAAGACUCUUAGAUAGAAAACGUCAAGAGACCUCGAGAAAAGAAAAGGAGUUGGAGCAAAUUAUGCACAGGAUUGAAAAUGAAAGAGAGGAGUUAGCACUAAAUGGAGAAUUGGUAAAGCAAGAAUGGGAAAAGUUGGAACAGGCCAAGGCAGAUAUACAGUUACAAAUAACAUCCAUUGAGACAAAGAUUGAUGAAGUUAAGCGAGCGAAUGAAAAACUGGACUGGAUGAAAGUGAUGAUACAGACUGAAAAGGAGGUUCUAGAAAAGCAGAGAGAUGACUCACGGAAAGUUAAAGAGGAGCUGGAAAAAAGAAGGUAUGAAAUCAUGACAGAGGAGUUGGAGCAUAGAGCACAGUUACAGAGAGAGAAAGAUGAAUUAGAGGCCAUCAGAACAGAAAUUCAGAGGGCUAAUGAUCUGGAAAGAACAAGAGUGGAGAGAGUGAAAGAGGAGACAGUUCGGACAAAGGAGGAGGUUCAACAAGAAAGACAAGUAAUUGAACAAAUGAAGGCUGAGAUAAAAAUUGAAAAAGAUAAUCUCAGAAGACAACAGAAUGAAAUCCUAAGGGAGAGACAAGAGCUAGAGAGAAUUCAGCACAAAACAGUCCGAGCCCUAGAAGAUAUGGAGACAUGCAAGGAAAUAACAAUACUGGAGAAUGAAAAAAUGGAAAAAAUGAAAGCUGACAUUCAGACCCAAAUAGAAGAUAUAGAAAAACAAGUUACAGAAACAAGACAAGAAAAACAAAAUAUGGAUGAGAUAAAAGUGAAGCUAGAAGAAAAGAGAGAGGAGUUGGAGAGGAAAAGAGGCAGUGUUCAAAGAGAAAUGGAGCAAUGUGAGCUUAUUAAAUAUGAGAUCAUCCGUGUGAAGGAGGAAAUGGAAAAUAGGUGGCGUGAGACUGAGAAAGAAGACAUUGAGAUGAGAGAAAGACUGCAGCAAGAAAGAGACAGACUUGAACAACUGAAGGAUGAGAUCCUUAUAGUCAAAGAUGAUACAGAAAAGAGCAAAAAAGAAUUAUUGCAAGAAAAGGAGAAUUUUGAAAUCCUGAAAACUCAAACAACAAAGGACAGAGAGGCAGCCAACAAACAAAUGGACGAGCUCAAAACUAAACUUAAGGAGUUAUCACAUAUCAACAAUGAAAUAGAAAGAGAGAAGGAUGAGAUACAGAAAGAUAGAGAAAUUAUCAAACAACAAUUAUAUGAAAUCAACAAAAUUAGAGCUGAGCUACAGAGUCAAAUGGCAGAAACUGAAAAUAAGACUGUAGCAGCUAAAAUAGCUACUGAUGAGGCAGAUCAAGCCCAGCUUGCAGCACAGGAAGCGGAACUGCUUGUGAAAAAACAAAAGGAGGAGAUUGAAAAGAGAAGAUAUGAAACUGUGAAAGAGGAGUUAGAGCACAGAGCUGAGAUACAAAGAAAGAAGGAGGAAUUGGAGCAAAUGAAUGAUGAGAUACAAAGAGUUCAAAUGGAAUUACAGAAAACAAGGGACACUGAAAAGGAUAGUUUGCAGAAAACUUUACAAGAAGUGCAGGAAGAGAGAAAGGUGACUGAGCAGCUCAGAGCAACACUGCAGAAUGAAAUGCUCAUCCAAGACAGACACUCAAGUGAGAUAAAAAAAGAGAGGCAAGAGUUGGAACAGCUUCAGUUCCAGAUGCAGAAGAUGAAGGAGGACAUAGAAAAGAAGCAGUAUGAAAGAAUAAAAGAGGAUGUAGAGAGGAAGAACAAGCUGCAAAGUGAACGGGAGGAACUCGACAGACUCAGGGCUGAACUGGAAAGAGACAAAGCAGCUCUACACAGAACAAAUGAGGCUAUAAGACUAGAUAAGGAAAAAGUAGAGCAGAUGAUUCAAGAGCAAAGAGAAGAUUUAAGAAGUAGACUAGAAAGGGUCAGACAAGCAGAGGAUACAAUUAGACAAAACAUAGAAGAAAUUGAGCUUCAAAGAGAACAACUGGAGAGGAUACGUGUGCAGACAGAGAAGGAAAAAGAGCCAUAUGAAAAGGUCAAGAAUGAACUUAAUAGACUGAGAGAAGAAAUGGAACGACUUUGGGAUGAGACUGAAAAGGAAGAACAGGAAGACAGAGAGAAAUUACAGAGAGAGAAAGAAGAAAUCAAUAAAAAGAUGGAGGAGAUGAAGAAUGAGGUUAUCCAGAUCCAAGACAUGAAAGUGCAGUUAGCAAAACAGAGGGAGGAAGUAGAGGCCAAAAUGGAAAAUGCAAAGGAGGAAAUGGACAAACUUGAGCAGUUGAAGGCAGACUUGCAGCAACAAAAAGAGGAGCUUGAGAAUAAAAUUGCGGAGAAUAAAACAGAGAAAGAAGAAAUAGAGCAGAUGAGGGCUGAAAUACUGAGGCAAAAACAAGAUGUCGAAAAUAAAAUGGAAAUAGCAAAAACAGAAAUGGAAAAAAUGCAGCAAGUCAAGGAAGAAAUCCAACAGCAAAGAGAUGAAUUAGAAGGAAGGAUGCAAAAAGCAAAAAGAGAGAUAGGAGAAAUGGAGCUGAUGAAAAAAGAAAUGGACAGAAAGAAAAAAGAGCUUGAACAAAGAAUGAAACAGACAAUAAGGAAAAAAGAGGAGAUGGACAGAAUGAGGUUGGAAAUGCAGAAAGCAAAAGAAGAAAUGGAGCUUAAAAAGGCAGAAACGGAGAAAGAAAGAUUUGAAAUGGAAUGUGUAAAAGCAGAGAUCCAAAGAGCAAGAGAAGAAUUUGAGACUAGAAUAGAAGAGAAAAGUCUAGACCUGGAAGAAAAAGAGGAGAUAAAUGCUGAGAUAAUCAGACUGAUUAAUCAGAUUGAAAGAACCAGAGAAAUGGUUUGGAGCACAAAAUUUCAUCUGGAAAACAGAAUGGCAGAGGGUCAGGUGGAGGCAGAACACAAAGAGCAGAUGGAUGCAGAGAUGCAGAGGCUCAUUGUAGAAAUUGAACAAAUUAGAGAGAUGCUGAGAAGGCUUAAACUAGAAAUGGAACAAAACAAGGAGUCCAUCAGGAGAGAGAAGGAAGAGAUACGAAUGUUAAAGAUUGAAAUGCAAAGAAGAAAAAGGGACUUGCAAUACAGAGAAGAAAAGAAUAUGAGAGAACGAGGAGAGUUGGAGGUUAUGAGUAGCAUGAUACAGCGACAACGUGAAGAGCUUGAAGAGAGACUGAAAGAUAUGAUGCACCAAAAUGAGAAGACAGAGCUUGAACUUAAAGAAGUAAAACAACAGAAUUUAAAACUUGGCAAAGAUUUAGAACUUCAGAAAUUAAUUGUCCUCGAUAGGGAAUUAAUAAUAUCCCAGCUUAAAAGAGACUCAGAGGAGAUUGAAAAAAUAAAACUAGAGAAACAGAAUGAAAGACUGAAAGUAGAAGAAAUGGUAGCACAGGUUCUAAAAGAGAAAGAAGCACUAACAGCUGAGAAAGACGAGCUUAAAUUAGAAAAGCAUGAUGUUGAGAUCUCAAAAAGAGAGCUAGAAAGAGACAGAGAAGUUUUACAAAGUCAAAUCACUGAGCAAGAACAACAUAAAAUUAUGCUGACAGACCUAAAGAAAGAGAGAGAGGAGCUUGAGCAUAUGAAAGUCAUCAUUUUAAGCCAAGUUAAUGAUAUUGAAACUGAAAAGCAAGAACUAAGACUCAAAAAAGAUGAACUGAAGCAGACCCACAUAGAGAUUACAAAACAACAACAAGAAAUGGAUGACAUGAGAAACACCAUAAUGAGAGACAAACUACAGCUUGAGCAGAGAUGGGAUGAACUGAAUGAAGAAAAGAAAGGAAGAGAACAACUUUGGCAUGAGUCAGAAAGACAAGAACAAGAUGACAAAGAGAAACUGCAGAGAGAGGAGGAAAUUAACAAAAAGAUUGAGGAGAUGACAAAUGAGGUUAUCCAGAUGCAAGACAUGAAAGUGCAAUUAGCAAAACAGAGCGAGGAAGUAGAGGCCAAAAUGCAAAACACAAAGGUGGAAAUUGACAAACUUGAGCAGUUGAAGGCAGACUUGCAGCAACAAAAAGAGGAGCUUGAGAAUAAAAUUGCAGAGAAUAAAAUUGAGAAAGAAGAAAUAGAGCAGAUGAGGGCUGAAAUACUGAGGCAAAAACAAGAUGUCGAGAAUAAAAUGGAAAUAGCUAAAACAGAAAUGAAAAAGAUGCAACAAGUCAAGGAAGAAAUCCAACAGCAAAGAGAUGAAUUAGAAGGCAGAAUACAAAAAGCAAAAAGGGAGAUAGGAGAAAUGGAGCUGAUGAAAAAAGAAAUGGACAGAAAGAAAAAAGAGCUUGAUCAAAAAACGAAACAGGCAAUCAGGAAAAAAGAGGAGAUGGACAGAAUGAGGUUGGAAAUGCAAAAAUCAAUGGAAGAAAUAGAACAUAAAAAGGUAGAGUCUGAUAUAGACAGUUAUGAGAUGGAAUGUGUAAAAGCAGAGAUCCAAAGAGCAAGAGAAGAAUUUGAGACGAGAGUAGAAGAGAUAGGUUUAGACCUGGAAGAAAAAGAGGAGAUAAAUGCUGAGAUAAUCAGACUGAUUAAUCAGAUUGAAAGAACCAGAGAAAUGGUUUGGAGCACAAAAUUUCAUCUGGAAAACAGAAUGGCAGAGGGUCAGGUGGAGGCAGAUCACAAAGAGCAGAUGGAUGCAGAGAUGCAGAGGCUCAUUGUAGAAAUUGAACAAAUUAGAGAGAUGCUGAGAAGGCUUGAACUAGAAAUGGAACAAAACAAGGAGUCCAUCAGGAGAGAGAAGGAAGAGAUACGAAUGUUAAAGAUUGAAAUGCAAAGAAGAAAAAGGGACUUGCAAUACAGAGAAGAAAAGAAUAUGAGAGAACGAGGAGAGUUGGAGGUUAUGAGUAGCAUGAUACAGCGACAACGAGAAGAGCUUGAAGAGAGACUGAAAGAUAUGAUGCACCAAAAUGAGAAGACAGAGCUUGAACUUAAAGAAGUAAAACAACAGAAUUUAAAACUUGGCAAAGAUUUAGAACUUCAGAAAGAAUUAGAUCCUGAUAAGAAAGUAAUGAAAUCACAGCUAAAUAGAGACUCUGAGGAGAUUGAGAAAAUGAAACUAGAAACAAAGAAUGAAAGACUGAAAGUAGAAGAAAUGGUAGCACAGGUUCUAAAAGAGAAAGAAGCACUAACAGCUGAGAAAGACGAGCUUAAAUUAGAAAAGCAUGAUGUUGAGAUCUCAAAAAGAGAGCUAGAAAGAGCCAGAGAAAUUUUACAAAGUCAAAUCACUGAGCAAGAACAACAUAAAAUGAUGCUGACAGACCUAAAGAAAGAGAGAGAGGAGCUUGAGCAGAUGAAAGUGUCCGUAUCAAGCCAAGUUAAUGAUAUUGAAACUGAAAAGGAACAACUGAGACUCACAAAAGAUGAACUGGAGCAGAUCCAAGUAGAGAUCACAAAACAACAACAAGAAAUUAAUGACAUAAGAGACUCCAUGAUGACAGAAAAACUACAGCUUGAGCAGAAGUGGGAUGAACUGAAUAAAGAAAAGAAAGAAAUAGAAAAUGUGUUGAAAACUGAAAAGAGCAACAUGGAAAAAGAGAGGUCUAAAUUUCUUGAAGAGAAUCAGCAAAUCGAGAGCAGUUUGAAAGACGCACUGAACAGGGAGAUGGAAAAUGUAGAGCAGCUGAAGAGAGAGUAUCUUGAUGAAAAGGAAGCUACAGAAAAUGAAAGACAAAUGUUAAACAGAGACAUGGACGAUGUGGAACAACUCAAAACCAGACUGAGCAGAGAGUUAGAGGAUAUUAAACAUGAGAAAGAAGUUAUAUCUGAGGAGAAAGUAAUGUUAGAGAAGAUGAAGGUGGAGCUAGAGAGAGAAGCUGAGGACAUGGAGAAGCUGAAGUUAGCUAUACAGAAUGAAAAAGUGAAGGUAGAGGAAAUGGCCAACAGAAUUUCUGCAGAAAAACAAAAGAGAAAAGAAGAGCUGGAUGGUUUGUUUGCUGAGAUCCAAAAGCAAAGAGAAGCAACUGAAUUUGAGAAAGAAAUGGUUUCUAAAGAGAAGGCUGAUCUGGAGACAACUAAAAAAGAAAUGACAAAAGCCAAGGAAGAUCUACAAAAUCAAAUUGAUGAAGAAAGAAUAAAGCAUGAGACAAACCUGACCGAGCUACAGAAAGAGAGAGACACUAUUCAGCAGAUGAAUGUGAAUAUUUCAAAACAGAUCAAUGACAUUGAAAAUGAAAAGGAAAGACUUAAGCUGAGACAGGAUGAUCUAGAACGACUGCAAGAAGAGACUAAAAAACAACAAAAAGAACUGGAUGACUUGAGGAACACAAUUAGGAUUGAACAGAAUUUGCUUGAGCAGAGGAAGUCUGAAAUUGAGAAACAAGAAAAAGAAAUGAGUGAUACCUUUGGUAGAUUCCAAGAGGAAAAGAACAACAUUGAGAGUGAAAAAGCAGAAAUAAAGAGAGAAAAAAAACAGAUGAACAGUGAUCUGCAAGAGAAAAGAGAAAAAAUGGAGCGUCUGAGAAAAGAUGUACUCAGUGAAAAAGAGACAGUAGAACAAAACAGACAAUUGCUGAAGACAGAAACGGAUGAGAUGGAAGAAAAGAAAUUAAAUUUGGAGAAACUUCUGGAAAACAUAAAAAUCCAGAAACAAAUGAAUGAGGAAGAGAAAGACCAACUGGAACAGACAAAGGCUGAGCUGCUCAGAGAAGCUGAGAACAUUGAAAACUUAAAACAAGAAACACUGAAAGAAAGACAGAGAGUAGAAGAAAUGUCUGCUCAACUUAAAAAAGAGAGAGAGGAUAAUGCAAAUCUUUCUGAGGAAGUGAGGAGAAAAAUGGAAGACCUAAAUAAGAUGCAUGAUGAUUUUGAAAAAGAAAGGCAAGAACUGCAAUCUGAGAAAGAAAAGCUGAAAAUGGAAAUGCAUGAUCAUGAGAGAUCUAAGACAGAACUUGAAAAAGCCAGAGAACAUCUAGACAAACAGAUCACUGAACACGAAGAACAACAUAAAAUAAUGCUGAAAGACCUACAGAAAGAGAGAGAGGAACUUGAGCAGAUGAAAGUGUCUGUAUCAAGCCAAAUCAAUGAUAUUGAAACUGAAAAGGAACAACUGAGACUCAGAAAAGAUGAACUGGAGCAGAUCCAACUAGAGAUCACAAAACAACAAGAUAUGAAUGACAUGAGAGACUCCAUGAUGACAGAAAAACUACAGCUUGAACAGAAGUUGGAUGAACUAAAUAAAGAAAAGAAAGAAAUAGAAAACAUGUUGAAAACUGAAAAGAGUGACGUUGAAAAGGAGAGGUCUAAAUUUCUUGAAGAGAAUCAGCAAAUCGAGAGCAGUUUGAAAGACGCACUGAACAGGGAGAUGGAAAAUGUAGAGCAGCUGAAGAGAGAGUUGCUUUAUGAAAAGGAAGAAAUAGAAAAUGAAAGACAAAUGUUAAACAGAGACAUGGACGAUGUGGAACAACUCAAAACCAGACUGAGCAGAGAGUCAGAGGACAUUAAAUAUGAGAAAGAAGUUCUAUCUGAGGAGAAAGUAAUGUUAGAGAAGAUGAAGGUGGAGCUAGAGAGAGAAGCUAAGGACAUGGAGAAGCUGAACUUAGCUAUACAAGAUGAAAAAGUGAAGGUAGAGGAAAUGGCCAACAGAAUUGCUGAGGAAAACCAAAAGAGAAAAGAAGAGCUGGAUGGUUUGUUUGCUGAGAUACAAAAGCAAAGAGAAGCAACUGAAUUUCAGAAAGAAAUGGUUUCUAAAGAGAAGGCUGAUCUGGAGACAGCUAAAAAAGAAAUGACAAAAGCCAAGGAAGAUCUACAAAAUCAAAUUGACGAAGAAAGAAAUAAGCAUGAGACAAACCUGACCGAGUUACAGAAAGAGAGAGACACUAUUCAGCAGAUGAAUGUGAAUAUUUCAAAACAGAUCAAUGACAUUGAAAAUGAAAAGGAAAGACUUCAGCUGAGACAGGAUGAUCUAGAACGACUGCAAGAAGAGACUAAAAAACAACAAAAAGAACUGGAUGACUUGAGGAACACAAUUAGGAUUGAACAGAAUUUGCUUGAGCAGAGGAAGUCUGAAAUUGAGAGACAAGAAAAAGAAAUGAGUGAUACCUUUGGUAGAUUCCAAGAGGAAAAGAACAACAUUGAGAGUGAAAAAGCAGAAAUAAAGAGAGAAAAAGAACAGAUGAACAGUGAUCUGCAGAAGGAAAGAGAAAAUAUGGAGCGUCUGAGAAAAGAUGUACUCACUGAAAAAGAGACAGUAGAACAAAACAGAGAAUUACUGAAAACAGAAAUGGAUGAGAUGGAAGAAAAGAAAUUAAAUUUGGAGAAACUUCUGGAAAACAUAAAACUCCAGAAACAAAUGAAUGAGGAAGAGAAAGACCAACUGGAACAGACAAAGGCUGAGCUGCUCAGAGAAGCUGAGAGCAUUCAAAACUUAAAACAAGAAACACUGAAAGAAAGACAGAGAGUAGAAGAAAUGUCUGCUCAACUUCAAAAAGAGAGAGAUGAUCAUGCAAAUCUUUCUGAGGAAGUGAGGAGAAAAAUGGAAGACCUAAAUAAGAUGCAUGAUGAUUUUGAAAAAGAAAGGCAAGAACUGCUAUCUGAUAAAGAAAAGCUGAAAAUGGAAAUGCAUGAUCAUGAGAGAUCUAAAACAGAGCUUGAAAAAGCCAGAGAACAUCUAGACAAACAGAUCACUGAACACGAAGAACAACAUAAAAUGAUGCUGAAAGACCUACAGAAAGAGAGAGAGGAACUUGAGCAGAUGAAAGUGUCCGUAUCAAGCCAAAUCAAUGAUAUUGAAACUGAAAAGGAACAACUGAGACUCACAAAAGAUGAACUGGAGCAGAUCCAAGUAGAGAUCACAAAACAACAACAAGAAAUUAAUGACAUGAGAAACUCCAUGAUGACAGAAAAACUACAGCUUGAGCAGAAGUGGGAUGAACUGAAUAAAGAAAAGAAAGAAAUGGCUGAUGUUUUAAACACUGAAGAGGGUAACAUUAAAAGAGAAAGAUCUAAAAUUGUUGAAGAGAAACAGCAAAUGGAGAGCAGUUUGAAAGACGCACUGAAAAGGGAGAUGGAAAAUGUAGAGCAGCUGAAGAGAGAGUUGUUUCAUGAAAAGGAAGAAAUAGAAAAUCAAAGACAAAUGUUAAACAGAGACAUGGACGAUGUGGAACAACUCAAACCCAGACUGAGCAGAGAGUCAGAGGACAUUAAACAUGAGAAAGAAGUUCUAUCUGAGGAGAAAGUAAUGUUAGAGAAGAUGAAGGUGGAGCUAGAGAGAGAAGCUGAGGACAUGGAGAAGCUGAAGUUAGCUAUUCAAGAUGAAAAAGUAAAGGUAGAGGAAAUGGCCAACAUAAUUGCUGAGGAAAACCAAAAGAGAAAAGAAGAGCUGGAUGGUUUGUUUGCUGAGAUCCAAAAGCAAAAAGAAGCAACUGAAUUUGAGAAAGAAAUGGUUUCUAAAGAGAAGGCUGAUCUGGAGACAACUAAAAAAGAAAUGACAAAAGCCAAGGAAGAUCUACAAAAUCAAAUUGACGAAGAAAGAAAUAAGCAUGAGACAAACCUGACCGAGUUACAGAAAGAGAGAGACACUAUUCAGCAGAUGAAUGUGAAUAUUUCAAAACAGAUCAAUGACAUUGAAAAUGAAAAGGAAAGACUUCAGCUGAGACAGGAUGAUCUAGAACGACUGCAAGAAGAAACUAAAAAACAACAAAAAGAACUGGAUGACUUGAGGAACACAAUUAGGAUUGAACAGAAUUUGCUUGAGCAGAGGAAGUCUGAAAUUGAGAGACAAGAAAAAGAAAUGAGUGAUACCUUUGGUAGAUUCCAGGAGGAAAAGAACAGCAUUGAGAGUGAAAAAGCAGAAAUAAAGAGAGAAAAAGAACAGAUGAACAGUGAUCUGCAGGAGGAAAGAGAAAAUAUGGAGCGUCUGAGAAAAGAUGUACUCAGUGAAAAAGAGACAGUAGAACAAAACAGACAAUUGCUGAAGACAGAAAUGAAUGAGAUGGAAGAAAAGAAAUUAAAUUUGGAGAAACUUCUGGAAAAUAUAAAACUCCAGAAACAAAUGAAUGAGGAUGAAAAAGACCAACUGGAACAGACAAAGGCUGAGCUGCUUAGAGAAGCUGAGAACAUUGAAAACUUAAAACAAGAAACACUGAAAGAAAGACAGAGAGUAGAAGAAAUGUCUGCUCAACUUAAAAAAGAGAGAGAGGAUAAUGCAAAUCUUUCUGAGGAAGUGAGGAGAAAAAUGGAAGACCUAAAUACGAUGCAUGAUGACUUUGAAAAAGAAAGGCAAGAACUGCUAUCUGAUAAAGAAAAGCUGAAAAUGGAAAUGCGUGAUCCUGAGAGGUCUAUGACAGAACUUGAAAAAUCCAGAGAACAUCUAGACAAACAGAUCACUGAACACGAAGAACAACAUAAAAUGAUGCUGAAAGACCUACAGAAAGAGAGAGAGGAACUUGAGCAGAUGAAAGUGUCCGUAUCAAGCCAAAUCAAUGAUAUUGAAACUGAAAAGGAACAACUGAGACUCAGAAAAGAUGAACUGGAGCAGAUCCAAGUAGAGAUCACAAAACAACAACAAGAUAUGAAUGACAUAAGAGACUCCAUGAUGACAGAGAAACUACAGCUUGAACAGAAGUUGGAUGAACUGAAUAAAGAAAAGAAAGAAAUAGAAAACGUGUUGAAAACUGAAAAGAGUGACGUUGAAAAAGAGAGGUCUAAAUUUCUUGAAGAGAAACAGCAAAUCGAGAGCAGUUUGAAAGACGCACUGAAAAGGGAGAUGGAAAAUGUAGAGCAGCUGAAGAGAGAGUUGCUUGAUGAAAAGGAAGCGAUAGAAAAUCAAAGGCAAAUGUUAAACAGAGACAUGGACGAUGUGGAACAACUCAAAACCAGACUGAACAGAGAGUCAGAGGACAUUAAAUAUGAGAAAGAAGUUCUAUCUGAUGAGAAAGUAAUGUUAGAGAAGAUGAAGGUGGAGCUAGAGAGAGAAGCUGAGGACAUGGAGAAGCUGAAGUUAGCUAUACAGAAUGAAAAAGUGAAGGUAGAGGAAAUGGCCAACAGAAUUGCUGAGGAAAACCAAAAGAGAAAAGAAGAGCUGGAUGGUUUGUUUGCUGAGAUCCAAAAGCAAAGAAAAGAAACUGAAUUUGAGAAAGAAAUGUUUGCUAAAGAGAAGGCUGAUCUGGAGACGACUAAAAAAGAAAUGACAAAAGCCAAGGAAGAUCUACAAAAUCAAAUUGAUGAAGAAAGAAUAAAGCAUGAGACAAACCUGACCGAGCUACAGAAAGAGAGAGACACUAUUCAGCAGAUGAAUGUAAAUAUUUCAAAUCAGAUCAAUGACAUUGAAAAUGAAAAGGAAAGACUUCAGCUGAGACAGGAUGAUCUAGAACGACUGCAAGAAGAGACUAAAAAACAACAAAAAGAGCUGGAUGACUUGAGGAACACAAUUAGGAUUGAACAGAAUUUGCUUGAGCAGAGGAAGUCUGAAAUUGAGAGACAAGAAAAAGAAAUGAGUGAUACCUUUGGUAGAUUCCAAGAGGAAAAGAACAACAUUGAGAGUGAAAAGGUAGAAAUAAAGAGAGAAAAAGAACAGAUGAACAGGGAAAGAGAAAAUAUGGAGCGUCUGAGAAAAGAUGUACUCAGUGAAAAAGAGAUAGUAGCAGAAAACAGACAAUUGCUAAAGACAGAAACAGAUGAGAUGGAGGAAAAGAAAUUAAAUCUGGAGAAACUUCUGGAAAACAUAAAACUCCAGAAACAAAUAAAUGAAGAUGAGAAAGACCAACUGGAACAGACAAAGACUGAGCUGCUCAGAGAAGCUGAGAACAUUGAAAACUUAAAACAAGAAACACUUAAAGAAAGACAGAGAGUAGAAGAAAUGUCUGCUCAACUUAAAAAAGAGAGAGAUAAUUAUGAGGGUAUUGUCCAAGACACUGUCAAAGAGAAAGAGGCUCUUAAUCGCAUUAAUCAUGAAAUAGAACUGCAGAGACAUGCAGUUGAAUUAGACAAAGAUCUACUUCUAAAAGAAAAGUUUGAAUUUGAAACAGCGAAGUUGGAUUUAGCCAGGGUUAAAGAAGAACUGUCUGACCAGGCAGAAAAGAAUGAGAUAGCACUUACUAAAAUCAAUCAAGAAAGAGACAGUCUUGAGCAGCUCAAAAUCAACAUCUCAGAACAGAUGGCCAAUAUUGGAAAUAUAAGAGAAAAUAUUCAGCACAGAGGGGAUGAGCUAGAAAAGCUACAAGAAGAAAUAAAGCAUCAACAACAAGGGAUUGAUCACCUGAUGGAUAUAUAUAAGAUGGAAAAGAGUCAGUUAGAGCAGAAACAAGAUGAAACAGAUCAGCUACAGGCAGAACUAAAUAGUAUGAUAACAACCACAAAGGAGGAAAAAAGUGCGUUUGACAGAGAAAGAGCUGAAAUAAUGGAAGAAAUCCAACAAUCUAAGAAUAGGCUACAGACAGAGAUUGAAGACAUGGAGCUUUUGAAAAAAGAAAUCCUUUCUGAGAAGAAAAUGAUCAAAAACAAUCGACAAAUGUUAAGAAAAGAUGUGAAUGACAUGGAAGCAAGUAAAUCUGAAAUCAGAAGGGAGUUAGAACAUCUUAGAUUUCAAAAGCAAGCUAUGGAGGAUGAGAAGAAAAUGGUACAAGAAAUGCAGGUAGAACUUCACAAUGAAGUGAAGAGAAUCGAGAUGUUUAAGGAAGAAGCAGAGCUUGACAAGAAAAGGUUGGACGAGUUGGCCAUUCAGCUUCAACAUCAGAGAGAGAAUAUAAAUAAUCUUGCUAUGGAAACUGAAAGGAGGAAUGAAAUUCUGGAUGGGAUUCAAGCCGAUGUGGAAAAGCAGAGGGAAACAACCGAGUCAGAAAGGUGUUUGCUUGAAAAUGAAAAAAAAGACCUGGAGAAAGCUAAAGCAGAGAUUGCAAAAUCCAAAGAAGACUUAGAAAAACAAAUCUCAGAGAAAGAAAAAAGCUAUGCUGUUGUACUUGCAGACAUACAAAAAGAGAGAAUAGCCCUUAAACACAUGCAUGAAAUGGUGUCAGAGCAGCUUGCAGAUAUUGAAAAUGAGAGGAAGAAAAUAUCAGAUAAAGGAGAUGAGCUGUCGCAGUUACAGGCAGAUGUCCUCAAACAACAAAAAGAGAUGGAAGACCUUAAGGACACAUUCAAGCUGGAAAUGAAUCAGCUUGAACAGAGACAAGCUGAUUUAGAUCAACUCCAGAAAGAAGUGGAUGAUGUCAUGGAAUUCACAAAGAAUGAAAUGAGCAAUGUUGAAAAAGAAAGGGCUGAACUGUUAGAGGAGAAACAACAAAUAGAUAGAAAUUUUAAGGAACUUCUUGCUGAGAAGGCAUUUGUUCAUAAUAGCAGACAGGCUUUGCAGAGAGAUAGAGAUGAAAUUGAGCUGAGCAAAGCUAAUGUACAUAGACAGUUAGAGGAUAUCAUCAUUCAACGACAGGCUAUUUUUGAUGAUAAUGAAAUGUUGCAAAAGAUGAAAGCUAAACUGUAUGCCGAAGCUAAUUAUAUUCAAAAUCUCAAGCAACAACUAGAGGAUGAAAAACUGAAAUUUGAAGAAACAGCAGCCCAACUCCAAGAAGAACAGCAUCAUUUGGAGGGUCUUACAGAAGAAACCAAAAAGAAAAAUGAUAUGCUAGAGGCAGCACAAGCUGAGAUGGAACAGCAGAGAAAAGCAAUUGAAGCUGAAAAAGCUAGAAUUGAAGAGGAAAUAUAUGAACCAAGGAAAGCCAUGACUGAGAUGGCAACAGUUAAAGAAGCUCUUGAAAGACAACCACUCAAACAAGAUGAAAUACAUCAGCAUCAAGCCCAAAUUCAGAAACAGCAAAAUGAAAUAGAUGGCAUAAAGAAUAUUGUUUUAAUGGAGAAGGCCCGACUAGAACAGAGGCAGAUUGAUCUUAAUCAACAACACCAAGAUAUGAUGGAGUCAAUCAGGGUAGAGAAGAGCAAUCUUGAGAAGGAAAAGAAUGAAAUGAUGAAGCAGAAACAGCAAGUGGAGAAUGAACUGCAAAAUGCAGUAAAGAUGGAGAGAGAGAACCUGGAUCACUUAAAGAAAGAAAUCCUUGACGAAAAGGCUCUAAUUGAAGACACCAAGAAAAUUAUCAUAAGCAGUGUAGCUGAUAUAGAACAAAAGAAAUUUGAAUUGUUUAGGGAGUUAGAAGAUCUCAAACUGCAGAAACAAGCUUGUGAGGAUGAAAGGUACCACAUACAGAAAAUGAAAGCUGGCCUUCAAAUAGAGUUAGAAGAUAUUGCAAAGCAAAAGCAAGACACCAAUAAAGAAAGAACCCAACUUCAACAGGAGAGAGACCAAGUAAAUAAUUUUGCAGAAGAGAACAUAAGAAACAAUGACAUUCUUAUUAGGAUGCAAGAAGACAUUGAAAAACAGAGACAAGAAAUUGAGUCUGAUAAAAAUAUGCUUGAACAGUUCAAACAUACAUUAAAUGAAGCUAAGGAAGAAAUAGCUAGAGCAAAACUAGAGCUUGAAACCCAGUUUGCUGAAAAAAGACAAAGCAAUGAAGUGACUCUGACAGAAAUACAGAAAGAGAAAGACAGCCUUGAAGCAAAGAACUUUAACAUCUUAAGUCAAAUUGGUGUUCUUGAAAAUGAAAAAGAAUCACUACAUCUCAGACAAAAAGAACUGGAAAUGCAGGAAGCAAAAAUUCAAACCCAACAAAAGGAAAUCAAUGAAUUAUGGAAUGGAGUGCAAGAUGAAAUGGAACUUAGCAGGAAGGAGAGGGAGAACAUUGAGAAAGCAAAAGCUGAAAUUUUUGAACAGAAACAGGAACUUGAGAGUUGUCUAAACAAUGCUCUGAAGAGUGAGAAAGAAAAUGAGCUUCAGAAGAAAGAGUUGUUAGAUGCAACUGAAUUAAUUAAGAAUGAGAAAGAUGAGAUACAGAAUAUGAAGUCUGAGCUGAAAAGAAAUAUGGAGGAUUUUGAGAAAUUAAAGCAAGACAGACAAUAUGACAGUGAAAAAAAUAAGAAUUUACAAUCAGAAUUAGAGAGAGCAAGAGAAGCUCUUGAUCAGGUGCAAGCCAGCAUUGCAGUAGAAAGACAAGGUCUUGAGAAAGAACGAGCAGGUAUAGAGGAGCAGACACAGGCAAUUAGUCAUCAAGUGAAUGAGAUAGAAACUGAAAAGAGCCUUAUCAGAGCAAAAAACACUGAGCUGCAACUAUUACAAAGACAAAUGCAACAACAACAACAAGAAAUGAUUAGAGAGGAGGAAAGAAUAGAAAAACAAAGACGGUCACUACAAAGAGAAGAAGAGGAUUGGGUAAAGAAAAAUCAAAAAUCAAAGGAAGAAACGGAAACAAUUCACGAACUGAAGAUGGAGUUACAAAAACAGACAGAAGCAAAUGAGGAAAAAAUGGAAGCAAUUAUUAGAGAAUUUAAUGCAUUUGAAGAGGCAAAGGCUCUGUUGCAAAUAGAGUCCACAGAAAUUGACAGAAAAGAUGCAGAGACACAAACACAGCAAGAAGAGCUCGACCUGGUGAAGUCUGACAUUUUGAUGCAAAAGGCAGAUCUUGACACUAAAAGACAGGAGAUUAAAUUAGAGAUGGAACAACUCACUGGUUUGCAAGAAGAAAUUGGGAAACAGAAAGAAGAACUGGAGGAAAAGAUGCUAAAAAACAAACGUGAGAUGGGAGAAGUUAUAUUUAUGAAGUUUGAAAUUGAUGGAAGGAAGAAAGACCUUGAUCAGAGGAUGAGACAGGUCACAAGAAAACGAGAUGAAAUGGAUAAAAUGAUGGAAGAGGUUGAGAGUGGCAGAGAAGAACUCCAGAAGGAAAGAGACAUACUCAACAGUGAAAGGCUUGAGCUAGAACAAUUAAAGGCUGAUUUACAAACAACAAGAGAAACAUUUCAGCUCAGUCGGAUGGAGAGUGUCGGAGAUGUGGAGGAAAAGGAGCAAAUAAAUGCUGAAAUAUUGAGGUUAAUUCAAGAAAUUGAGAACACUAGAGAUACAAUGCAGAAAGGCAAACAUGACGUGGAAACCAAGCUGGAGAGCACAACAAUGGAGUCAGGUGAAGCCCAACAAAUGAAUGCUGAGAUGCAGAAACUGAUUCAAGAAAUGGACCAAAUGAGAAUGGUUUUGAGUAGAAUGAAAGACGAGGUCAAGAUUAUGAGACAACAAAAGAAAGAACUUGCAAACUUGAGACUAGAAAAGGAGACACAAAAGCACCAAAUUGAAGACUUUAAACAGCAGGUUAAUGAUUUACAAAGAGAAAGAGAACAGAUGAAAAGCAAAUUAAGACAAAUGGAUCAGAGUAGAGCUUACAUUGAGAAACAAAGGCAGGAGAUUGAAUUUGAAAAACAAAAAAUGUAUGAUGAAAGUCAGUUGUUAGAAAAGAAUAAAACUGAUGUACAGAUGAAAUCUGAAAUGUUAGACAGCCUCUUAGAGGAGACUAUGGAAAAAGCAGUUACACUAAGAACAGAAGCUGCAAGUGACAUGGAAAUUAAGACUGAAGAGGUUAAACCAGUGGAUUCAGAGAGGUCAAGGACAGAUAUGGAAGUGUUAGGCUUGGAUAGUGUUAAAGAUGUCGUAGAGACAGAGGAGAGUAAGAGCUAUAGCAAACAGACCAAAAGAGAAAUAAAGAAAUUGGCAAAAAUGAAAGCUGAGCUAGAUAGACAAAUAGAGGAACUUGAAGAAAGUGAUGCAGACAGAAAACAUGAAAUUGAAGCGGCAGAACAAAGCAAGCCUGAAAAACUAAAAGUACAGAAAUAUGCCAAAAAGCAACAAGCAACAUUUGCAACUGUGGAAAUGGAUGUAAUUAAGAAACAGAAAGAUGAACUGGAGGAAAAGCUUCAAAAGACAACAUGUGAAAUGGGAGAACUGGAACUGAUGAGAUCUGAGAUCAGUAUGGAGAAAAAAGAGCUGGACCAGAAGAUGAGACAAGUUGCACGGAAGAAAGAUGAAAUGGAGCGGAUGAAGACUGAGAUAGACAAAGCCAGACAAGGACUUGAUAUGGAUAAAGAGGUAAUUGAACAAAAGACACAUGAAUUAGAGCAAAUGCAAGAUGAAAUUCAAAGAGCAAGGGAUGAGUUUCAGCUUUUAAUCGAGGAAGAUAGAGAUCUAGAAGAUGAGGCAGAAACAAGUGCACAGAUACAGAGACUAAUCAUAGAGGUUGUGCGAAUCAGAAACAUGGUGCAGAAUUUGAAAGCUGACAUGGAACAGAGGAUGGAAGAUCGUAAAACAGAGGCAGAGGAAAAAGAGAAUAUGAAAACUCAGAUCCAAAGGCUUAUUCAAGAAAUUGAAAAAAUAAGGGAAAAUCUUGGACAUCUUAAGGAUGAAAUUGAAAUAACUAGAAAAGAGAGGAAAGCGAUGGAGAUGGUAAAGGUAGAGUCUGAUGAACGGAGGCAACAAAUUGAGAUCAUGAGGGAAAAAAUGCAGCAAGAGAAGGAUCAGCUAGAACAACUAAGGGAUGAAAUAGAAACGCAAAAGAAGCAUAUGGAAAAGAACAAAGAACUGCUUAAGAGAAACAUUGCAGAGGAUAUAGCAAAAGCACUGGAGGAUACUGAUAUAAUAGCAAUGGAGUUAGAAAAGAAAAAGGGAGAACUUGGCAAAGUCAAUGAAGAACUGCAGAGACGCAAGAAUGAUCUAGACCUGGUGACGAGGAAUAUGCAAAGCCAGAAACAAAGUGCCAAAGACCUGCAAGAAAUGACCGAAAAGAAGAAAAAUGAGCUGGAUGUGAUAACUACAGAACUGCAGAGAGGAAAACAAAUUGUUGAAGAACAAAAGUUUGAAAUAGAAGAGACAAAGAAAAUUAUUAUUGAAGAGAUUGAAAGAAAACAUGAAACCCUUGAACAAAUGAACAAUGAGCUACUAAGAAUGAAGGAAGGGAUGGAAAAAGAGAAAGAAAUCAUAAAACUAGAAAUUCAAGAACUAGAGUUUAAUAAAGCUGAAGUUCAAAAACAAAAAGGUGACUUGGAAAUGGAAAUAAAUUACAUGGGUCUGGAGAGGAAUCGACUACAACAGAUUCAAAAUGAAAUUGAUGGACAAAAGCAAGAACUGAGCAAUAAGACUGAAGCUUUAGAAGGAGAGUGGGGAAAACUGGAAAAUAUGAAAUCUGAAAUGGAAAGUUUGAAAAUUGAACUGGAUGCCAAAAUCAAAGAGAGGACACAGCAGGAACAAGAAAUAUUAGAGGAGCAGAGGCAUGAAGUAAAUCGAGAAAAGCAGGAUGCUGAGAAAUUAAAGGCACUGCUCAGCAAAGAAAGAGAAGAAUUAAAUCAAAAGGAAGCCAGGUUGGAAGAAAAAAUAAAGGAAAUUAACAUACUGAAUGAAGAGCAGAAAAGAAGAGACAAGGAGCUGGAACUGCAAAAAGAAGAGGCAAAACAAGAACAGAAAGAUAUGCUAAGGAAAUGGAAAGAAGUAGAUGAAGCAAAACACAAGAUUAUCACUGACAAACUUUUACUUCAGCAACAGGAGACUGAAUUAAAUAAAGAAAAGCAAAUUCUGGAGGAUAAUUUGAGGAAGAUAAUGGAAGAAAGAAAGGAUUUAGAUCAAAUGAGAAUGGAAGUGGAAGUGACUAAACAAAUGGCAGACACCAUGAGAGAGAAAAUGAAACAGGAUAGAGAAGAACUUGAACAGUUAAUGAAUGAAAUACAAAUGGAGAAGAAAGAUGUGGAAAAGGAGAAGAACAUUACAGAUUAUUUGAAGAUUGAGUUAGAUCAAAUUAAGGCCAACUUAGAGGCUAAACAUCAAGAGACUGAACUUGAGAAAGAAAAGAUAAAGAAUGAAAAAAGCAGUUUUGUGGAAUUAAAGGCAGCUAUGCAGAGAGAAUAUGAGGACAUGAAGAAUAAAUUAGAAAAGGACAGCAUGGACAUGCAAAAACAACUCCUUGAAGGAACCCAAAAAACGAGAGAUGAACUGGAGAAGAUAUCUACUGAGAUUUCAAAACAAAAUGAAGAGAUUGAGACAACCAAAGCUGUUAUUGAGAAAGAGAAAAGUGAGAUUGAAAGUAAAUGGUUGGAUUUACAAAAGAAAGAAGAGGAGCUGGAACUGCAGAUUAUAAAACACAAGCAAGAUGAGGAUGAGGACAAGAUGGCAAUGGAAGAGGAGAGGAAAGCACUGGACACUGAAGUUACUGAAUUUAGAAGACAGAAAGAAGAAGCAGAAAAAGAAAAGGAAGACAUGGCGAAUAAAUGGAAAGAACUAGAUAGUGUAAGAGAACAAAUUCAAAAUGAACAAGAUGAAGUAGAUAAAACCAAACACAAGAUGAUGACUGACAAACAUUUACUUGAGCAAAGAGAGACUGAAAUGAAUGAGGAAAAGAAAGUUCUGGAGGAUAAUUUGAGAAAGAUAAUCGAAGAAAGAAGGGAUUUAGAUCAAAUGAGAAUGGAACUGGAAGCUCAGACUGAACAAAUGGAAGAAAUCAGAGAGAAAAUUAAACAGGAGAGAGAAGAACUUGGACAGAUAAUGAAUGAAAUACAAAUGGAAAAGAAAGAUGUGGAAAAGGAGAAAAACAUUACAGAUCAGUUGAAGAUUGAGUUAGACCAAAUGAAAGACAAUUUACAGAAAAAAUAUGAGAUUGAGCUUGAGAAGGACAAAAUGAAGAACGAGAGAAGCAGUUUUGAGGAAUUAAAGGCAGCCAUGCAGAGAGAAUAUGAGGACAUGAAGAAUAAAUUAGAGAAGGACACCAUUGACAUGCAAAGAAACCUUGAAGAAACCCAGAGAAAGAGAGAUGAACUGGAGAAGAUAUCUACUGAGAUUUCAAAGCAAAAUGAAGAGAUUGAGAGAACCAAAGCUGUUAUUGAAAAAGAGAAAAGUGAGAUUGAAAGUAAAUGGUUGGAUUUACAAAAGAGAGAAGAGAAGCUGGAACUGCAGAUUAUAAAACACAAGCAAGAGGAGGAUGAGGACAAGAUGACAAUGGAAGAGGAGAGGAAAGCACUGAACACGGAAGUUAUUGAAUUUAGAAGACAGAAAGAAGAAGCAGAAAAAGAAAGGGAAGAUAUUGGGAAGAAAUUGAAAGAACUAGACAGCCUGGAAGAAGAUUUGCAGAAAGCAAAAGAUGAAGUAGAUAAAACCAUACAAAAGAUGAUGACUGACAAACAUUUACUUGAGCAAAGAGAGACUAAAAUGAAUGAGGAAAAGCAAGUUCUGGAGGAUAAUUUGAGGAAGAUAAUGGAGGAAAGAAGGGGUUUGGAUCGAAUGAGAAUAGAACUGGAAGCUCAGACUGAAAAAAUGGAAGAAAUCAGAGAGAAAAUGAAACAGGAGAGAGAAGAACUUGAACAGUUAAUGAAUGAAAUACAAAUGGAGAAGAAAGAUGUGGAAACGGAGAAGAACAAUACAGAUCAUUUGAAGAUAGAGUUAGAUGAAAUGAAAGACAAUUUACAGAAAAAAUAUGAUGAGAUUGAGCUUGAGAAGGAAAAAAUAAAGAACGAGAGAAGCCGUUUUGAGAAGGACAGCAUGGACAUGCAAAGAAACCUCCUUGAAGAAACCCAGAAAAAGAGAGAUGAACUGGAGAAGAUAUCUACUGAGAUUUCAAAGCAAAAUGAAGAGAUUGAGAGAACCAAAGCUGUUAUUGAAAAAGAGAAAAGUGAGAUUGAAAGUAAAUGGUUGGAUUUACAAAAGAGAGAAGAGGAGCUGGAACUGCAGAUUAUAAAACACAAGCAAGAGGAGGAUGAGGACAAGAUGACAAUGGAAGAGGAGAGAAAGGCACUGGACACUGAAGUUAUUAAAUUUAAAAGACAGAAAGAAGAAGCAGAAAAAGAAAGAGAAGACAUUGUGAAUAAAUGGAAAGAACUAGACAGUGUAAGAGAACAAAUUCAAAACGAACAAGAUGAAGUAGAUAAAACCAAACACAAGAUGAUGACUGACAAACAUUUACUUGAGCAAAGAGAGACUGAAAUGAAUGAGGAAAAGCAAGUUCUGGAGAAUAAUUUGAGGAAGAUAAUGGAGGAAAGAAGGAGUUUGGAUCGAAUGAGAAUAGAACUGGAAGCUCAGACUGAAAAAAUGGAUGAAAUCAGAGAGAAAAUGAAACAGGAGAGAGAAGAAAUUGAACAGUUGAUGAAUGAAAUACAAAUGGAGAAGAAAGAUGUGGAAACGGAGAAGAACAAUACAGAUCAUUUGAAGAUAGAGUUAGACCAAGUGAAAGACGAUUUACAGAAAAAAUAUGAUGAGAUUGAACUUGAGAAGGAAAAAAUGAAGAACGAGAGAAGCCGUUUUGAGGAAUUAAAGGCUGCUAUGCAGAGAGAAUUUGAGGACAUGAAGAAUAAUUUAGAGAAGGACAGCAUGGACAUGCAAAAACACCUCCUUGAAGAAAACCAGAGAAAGAGAGAUGAACUGGAGAAGAUAUCUACUGAGAUUUCAAAGAAAAAUGAAGAGAUUGAGACAACCAAAGCUGUUAUUGAGAAAGAGAAAAGUGAGAUUGAAAGUAAAUGGUUGGAUUUACAAAAGAAAGAAGAGGAGCUGGAACUGCAGAUUAUAAAACACAAGCAAGAGGAGGAUGAGGACAAGAUGACAAUGGAAGAGGAGAGGAAAGCACUGGACACUGAAGUUACUGAAUUUAGAAGACAGAAAGAAGAAGCAGAAAAAGAAAGGGAAGACAUGGGGAAGAAACAGAAAGAACUGGAAGUGCAAACCGCACUUAUGGAAGACACCAGAGAAAAAAUAAAACAGGACAGAGACAAACUUGAUCAAUUAAUAAAUGAAAUACAAAUGGAGAAGAAAGUUUUGGAAAAUGAGAGGAACAUUACUAAUCAUUUGAAGAAUGAGUUAGAACAAAUGAAGUCCAACAUUGAGGUUAAAUACAGAGAGAUUGAGCUUGAGAAAGAAAAUAUGGAGAAUGAGAGAAGCAGUUUUGAGGAAUUAAAGGCAGCAAUGCAGAGAGAGUUUGACAAUGCUUUGGAGAAGACCAGAGUGGAAAGACACAAAUUAAAUGAAAUUGAGGCAGAACGAGAAAAAGAGAAAGAACAAUAUCAGUUACUUCUUCAUGAAACUCUAAGAAAAAGAGAUGAGCUGGAGAAAAUGUCUGCUGAGAUAUCAAAGCAAAAUCAAGACAUUGCAACUAGAACAGCUUUUCUUCAGAAAGAGAAAAUUGAGAUUGAAAGCAAAUGGUUGGAUUUACAGAAGAGGGGUGAGGAGCUGGAAUUGCAGAUUAUAAAACACAAAGAAAAAGAAGACAUGGACAAGAUGGCACUGAAAGAAGAUAGAAAAACACUGGACAUUGAAAUGAUGGAAUUUAGAAAAGAUGAGGCAGAAAAAGAAAAGGAAGACAUAGACAAGAUGCAUGGCCAAGAUGAAAUGAAAGCACUGCACACUGAAGAGGCAGAAAGAGAAAAGGAAGACAUGGACAAGAGGAAAGUGGACAAAGACAGGAAAGAACUGGAUACUGAAGAGGCAGAAAAGGAAGAUAAGGACAAGAUGUCACUGGAAGACGAGAGGAAAGAACUGGAUAUUGAAUCAGAAAAAGAGGAACUGGACAAGGUAGCAGUGGAAGAAGAGAUGGAAAAACUGGAUACUGAAGAGGCAGAAAAAGAAGACAUGGACAAGAUGGUAAUUGAAGAAGAAAGAAAAGCACCAGACACUGACUUUAUUGAGUUGAUGAGACAAAAAGAAGAGGCAGAAAAAGUAAAAGAAGACAUGGGCAAGAUAAAAGUGGAAGAACAGAAGAAAGCACUGGAUACUGAAGAGGCAGAAACAGGAAAGGAAGAAAUCGACAAGAUGAAAGUGGACAAAGACAGGAAAGAACUGGAUACUGAGGAGACAGAAAAAGAAGACAUGGACAAGAGUGCACUGAAAGAAAAGAUGAAAGAAGUGGAUACUGAGGAGACAGAAAAAGAAGACAUGGACAAGAGUGCACUGAAAGAAAAGAUGAAAGAAGUGGAUACUGAGGAGAGAGAAAAAGAAGACAUGGACAAGAUGGCAGUGAAGGAAAAGAUGAAAGAACUGGAUACUGAAGAGGCAGAAAAAGAAGUAAUAGACAGUAUGACACUGGAAGAAGAGAAGAAAGAAGUUGAUACUGAAGAGGCAGAAGACGAACAUAUGGACAAGAGUGCACUGAAAGAAGAAAUGAAAGAAGUGCAUACUGAGGAGGCAGAAAAAGAAGACAUGGACAAGAUGGCAAUUGAACAAAAAAGAAAAGCACCAGACACUGAAUUUAUUGAGUUUAAAGAAGAGGCAGAAAAAGUAAAAGAAGACGUGGAUAAGAUGGUAUUAAAAGAAGAGAGGAAAGCACUGGUUACUGAUGUUAUUGAGUUAAGAAGACAGAAAGAGGAGGCAGAAAAAGAAAAGGAAGAAUUUUUGGAGAAAUUUAAAGAACUCAAAAUUCAGACUGAGCAAAUGGAAGAAAAAAGAGAGAAAAUGAAACAGGAGAGAGAUGAAUUUGAUCGAUUAAUGAAUGAAAUACAAAUGGAGAAGAAAGAUUUGGAAAAUGAGAGGAACAUUACUAAUCAUUUGAAGAAUGAGUUAGACCAAAUGAAGUCCAACAUUGAGGUUAAAUACAGAGAGAUUGAGCUUGAGAAAGAAAAUAUGGAGAAUGAGAGAAGCAGUUUUGAGGAAUUAAAGGCAGCAAUGCAGAGAGAGUUUGACAAUGCUUUGGAGAAGACCAGAGUGGAAAGACACAAAUUAAAUGAAAUUGAGGCAGAACGAGAAAUAGAGAAAGAACAAUAUCAGUUACUUCUUCAUGAAACUCUAAGAAAAAGAGAUGAGCUGGAGAAAAUGUCUGCUGAGAUAUCAAAGCAAAAUGAAGAUAUUGCAACUAGAACAGCUUUUCUUCAGAAAGAGAAAAUUGAGAUUGAAAGCAAAUGGUUGGAUUUACAGAAGAGGGGUGAGGAGCUGGAAUUGCAGAUUAUAAAACACAAAGAAAAAGAAGACAUGGACAAGAUGGCACUGAAAGAAGAUAGAAAAACACUGGACAUUGAAAUUAUUGAAUUUAGAAGACAGAAAGAUCAGGUAGAAAAAGAAAAUGAAGACAUGGUAAAGAAAUGGAAAGAACUCGAGCAUUUAAAAGAAAACAUCCAGAAAGAACAAGAUGAAGUAGAUAAAGCCAAACACAAGAUGAUGACUGACAAUCUUUUACUUGAGCAAAGAGAGACUGAAAUGAAUGAGGAAAAGCACGUUCUGGAGGAUAAUUUGAAGAAGAUAAUGGAGGAAAGAAGGGAUUUAGAUCGAACAAGGAUGGAACUGGAAGCUCAGACUGAACAAAUGGAUGAAAUCAGAGAGAAAAUGAAACAAGAGAGAGAAAAACUUGAUCAAUUAAUGAACGAAAUACAAAUGGAGAAGGAAAAUGUGGAAAAUGAGAAGAACAUUCUAAAUCAUUUAAAGAAUACGUUAGACCAAACAAAGGAGGAGUUACAGAUAAAAUAUGAUGAGAUUGAGCUUGAGAAAGAAAAGAUGAAGAACGAAAAAAGUAUUUCUGAACAAUUAAAGGCUGCUAUGCAGAGAGAAUUUGAGGAUAAAACCAAUGCUUUAGAGAAGGCCAGCAGGGACAAACUUGACAUUCUUAAGAUUGAAAUGGAGAAUCAGAGACAACAGAUGGAAGAUGAAAUCAAUAUUAAGGCAAAGCGUGAGAGAGAGUUACUCAAUGAACUAAGGAACAUUGUGAAAGAAACCCAGAAGGAGAAAGAUGAAGCAGAAGAGAUGAAGACUCAGCUUCAGAAGGAAAAACAGGAAAAUGAACAAUUAUCUGACGAGAUAAAAAAGAAAGAACUUGACCUGGAGAGAGUUUUGCUUGAGUUAAUAAAGCAAAAAGACAUUUUUGAGAAAGAGAGACAAGAUAUUAAAACUGAAAGAUCUGGUUUUCAGGACAAAAUUGGAGAACUGGAAGUGCAGCUUGCAAGAUAUAAGAAAAAGGAGCAUAAGGAGAGUAUGGCAAUUGAAGAAGAGAGAGAAACGCCUGUAACUGAAGUUAUUGAGGCCACGAAAGAGGAAGGUGACAGUAUGAGAGUACUGUUAAAUGAACUGAAAUCCCUUCAAGAAGAUAUACAAGAGCAGAAGAGAGAAAUUGAAAAAAGUAAACAUGAUGUGAUGGACAUGAAAUUGCAGCUUCACCUUAAGGAGACUGAAAUAAAUCAGCAGGAGCAACUUUUGAAUGAUAGCUUAAAAAAGAUGAUCGAGGAGAGGAGUGAACUGGACAAGAUGAAAGCUGAACAGCACCAAAUUGAACAGAUCUUUAGUGAGAAGAUGAAAAAGGAAAGAGAGAAUAUUGAUCAAUUAUUGAAUGAGAUACAAAGAGAAAAGAGAGACAUAGAAAAUAAUAAGGAGGAGGUGAACAGCAUAAAGAAGGAUCUGGAGCAAAAUAAAAUGAAAUUGGACGAGCAGAAGGAGGAGAUCAAACUGCUCGAAGAAGAAACAAACAAAAAGCUACAGAAGCUUGUACAACUUGAUAUUGAUGUUCAGCAAAAGGAAGAUGAAAUGAAUUUUGAACAAAGUAAGAGGGAAAAACAGACAGUGCAGGAAACAGGAAUAACUCAGAUGCUUGAUACAGACACAACUGUUACUUAUGAUGUGCAAACACUUACAGUUGCUCCUGAGACAAAAGACAUUCAGGACCAACAGCCACAAAUAACAGACGUACCAGUGAAGCCAGACAGGUUAGAGGAACAAGAUGACAGUGUGGAGUUCAGAACAACCCAAGUUACAAAGCUAAAACAACCAGAAAGUGGGCUCGCCCAAAUCACUAAUGAACUUGAGAAAAGAAUAUCUAUUUUGAGGAAGGAGGAGAGGAACAUGGCCCUGCAGCUCCUGAAGGAAAAUGAGAACCUGCUCAAGAUAGUAGAAGAAGCACAGAGGGUGAAAGAAGAAUUUAACAAUCAAGAAGAAUUACUGCGGACUGCACAAGCUGAGUUGGAUCAAAUCAAAUCUAAAAUUCAAGAACAAUAUGCAAUUGAAAGCUCUGAUAUUAGCUUAGAAUUAAAGCCCAUCCAGAUUGUGAAAAUUAAGGUAGACAGUUACACACAGACAUGCAAAGAUGACACUGUAACACCAACAGACAAAGUGCCAACAAGGGAAAAGGAUGCAGCUAGUUCUGCUCAACAGCCUGCAAGGGAUGAGACAGAUAACCAAAUAGAAUCCUUCAAACUAGAGAAAAAGAAAGUUGACUUGACAGAGAUGGAUGCAGAAACCAUGAAGCAAACCAUAGAAAGAGAGUGGACUGAAUUAGAGCAAUAUAGAGCAUCUCUUAUAAGACAAGAGGAAGAUUUACAAGCAUGCAAGCAAAAUAUAGAGAAUGAGAAAGUUGAAUUAGAAACAAUGAAGGAGAGCAUGGCCAAAGAUUUUGAAAACCUGAUGAAGGAGAGAAAGAAGAUAAAGGAUGAAGCAAAGGAAAAGGAAUUCCAGAUUCAGAGACAGAACAAAGAACUUGAAUAUGUCUUAGAUGAGAUUAGAAAGAAGAAAGAGGAGCUGGCUUCGAUAAAUAUGAUGAUACAGAGGGUGAAACAGGAAGUGGAUGUGAAAUCCAGUGAAGACGUGAGUCUUAAAGAAAUCAGGAUAAGCAUGCCUGAAGCAAAAGAUAGACUGGAAGAAAGUAAAGUUGAGAUACAAAAAGAUCAGGAAGAAUUGCAGGCAAUUAAAUAUGUGCAUCCUUCUCGUGAAGAUAUUGUGAAAGGUGAAGAAGAAGACCUUCCAUCUAUUCUAGAGUAUCUGGGAAUGAAGUCUGAUCCAGAUAAAGAAGUAGACUUAGACAGUGAUUACUACAGAAAGGUAAAGAUGGACAUACCUGGACCAAGUAAAGAGGGGACACAACCUCAGACCCCAGAUUUGAAUAAUCAAAUGGAGGCAUUAAAAUCUAAACAAAAUCAGCUAGAAAAGAUGAGGGCUGAUCUUGACAGAGAACGAAGGAAGAUAGACAAAUUAAGGGAAGAGCUGGUUACAGAAAGAGAUGAGCUGAAGCAGAUGAGACUUGAUGUGGAGAGACAAAAAGAAGAUUUAGAAUUUGUUCAGCAAAGCAUAGAAAAUGAGAGAGAUGAACUAGAAGCCAGACUGAGAGGAACAGCAGACACAGAGAACAUCAUAAAGGAACUGAUCAAAGAGAAAGAGAGAGCUGAAGAAAUGGUGCUCCAACUUACCAAAGAACAGAAAGAAACUCAAAACAAGUUAGAACUAAUCAAUAGUGAACUCCAAACUGAAAAGAAAGAAAUGCAGCACAGAAUUGAACUACAAGAACGGGAAUUGGAAGACAUGAGAAAGGUCACAGAGAUUGAAAAUGAACAGCUCCAGAGCAAAACAGCAGAGGUUACACAUAUGAAAACUCUGCUGUUAAAUGAAAAGGAAGACAUUGAAAAAAUCAAGGCAGAGCUGGAAAAGGAGAAAUAUCUCCUGGAACAAAUGAAUCACGAAUUAGAAGCACAAAAACAAGGCAGACGGAUUUUAACCCCAAUCGAGGAAAGGGACGAUGAGACAGAGGGAAAGAUAGCGUUGGCUGAGGAGAAAGUACAAUUUACAGAAGAAGAAAAGGACCAAGCAGAAUUGAGAAAGCAUGAGGGAGAGCACUUAAUGGAAUUGCUGAGAACUGAGAAAGAGCAUGUACAGAAGCUUGAGGCUGAACUUCGUAAAAAUCAAAAAGAAUUUGAGAACAUGAGGGCAUUGACAGACACAGAAAGAGAUAAGCUUGAACUGGAAAAGGCUGAUUCCCAGCAACAGAUAGAAAGCAUGGAAAGUAUUUUGAAACAGUCCAAAGAUGACAUCGAAAAGGCACAUGACAUGAUCAAUCAAUUACAAGAGGAGAAAGCAAAAAUUGAGGUAAUCGUUGAGAAAGCCACAAUGAAAGUUGAUAACUUGAAUCUCAUGAAUGAGAAUUUGGAAAGACAAAAAACAGAUCUAGAGGGACAAAACCAGCUCCUUAAAGCACAAAGCAGAGAUCUGGAACAGAAAUUGCAAGACAGAGCAAAAGAGCAAGAAGCUUUAGAGGAGACAAGGAAAGAAAUCAUGAAACAGAAAGUGGAAAUUUAUAUAGAAACCACAAAUAUGAAGAAGGAAAAAGAUGAAUUAAUGCUCCUUCAAGAGGAACUGACAAACAAAAGUAAGGCCAUUGAAGACCUGAGGGUCACCACAGAUUUAGUGAAAAGUGAGCUUGAUGAAAAGAGAGAUAAAUUAUAUAAACAAAAGCAAUUAAUGGAGAAAGAACUGGAAGAAGCACGUACUGAUAUUAAAUUGCAGCAACAGCAAAUAAAUGAACAGAUUGAGAAAGCUCUUAAACGUGAGAGAGAUGACCUUGACAAUUUAAAGAACUCUUUGCUUAAAGAUAGAAUGGAUGUUGAAACUACAAAGGAAAGGAUAAACACAGAGAUGGAGCACAUUGAAAAAAUACGCAACCAGUUAGAUCUGCAAAGACGUGAGAUAGAAGAAGACCAUCAGAAGUUAAGAGACAAAGAAAAUGACCUCAAACAGGUUGAGUUUGAGCUUCAACAGAAGACAAGUGAAGUUGAGAAGGCCUUGGAAGAGGUCAAGAAAGAAAAGGAGAAGCUUGAGGCAGUGGCCAUUGAACAGCAUUUGGAGAAGGAGCGGAUUGAGUUCAUCAUUGGGGACACAGAGAAAAGACAAAAAUACAUAGAAGAUGAGCUAGAAAGCCAAGUGCAAAAUGCUAAGAACAUCAAGGAGAUACUUGCAAAGGAGAAAGAUGAUCUGGAUCAAAUAAAAGGGGAAAUACAGAGUAAAAACCUUUACUUGGAUGAUCUGAUUACAAAGCAUCAAAAGGAGUUUGAAAUUAAGGAGAAUGACAUUCAAAAAGAAAGAGACACUCUGGAGAAGAUGAAUUUGGACUUCGAAAAGCUAACCAGUGAAAUGAAGAAAGAGAAAGAAGAGAUGGAUAUGAAGAGAGAGAGACUUGAGGAAUGGGAAACAGAACUCGAGAGACAACAAACUGAGAUGGAGGUGUUGAAGAACAGUCUGCUAGCUGAGAAAGUUCAGCUCGAGAGAGCACAGUCAGAAAUAGAAGAGCGUCAAAACGAGACACAUUCAAUCCUGGAAGCGACCAAAAAAGAAAGAUAUGAAGCAGAGCAGAAGAUUAAGGAGAUGGAGGAAAUGAUGCAAAGAUCACUAAGAACAGAAAAGGGCGAAUUGGAUCAGCUACAAAGUGAGUUACAACAAGAAAAGAAAGAAAUUGAGAGAGACAAGCAGUUGCUAAACAGGUUAAUGGAAGAGCUUGAUCAAAAGAAAUGUGAUUUAGAUCAAGAGAAAGAGAGAAUCAAGCUGGACAGACAAAACAUUCAAAUAGAAGCAGAUAGCUUAGAGCAGAUGAAAAUGGACAUGCAAAGAAAAGCUGAGAACAUUAAGAGGUCCAUGGAGAAAGCCCAGAUGGAGAUUGUUCGAGUGGAAGAAAUGGCUGUUCUUCUCAAUAAAGAAAAGGAAGACUUUCAGAGGGUUAUUAAUGAGAACAAGAGGUAUGAGGCAGAAAAACAAACCAUGCAAGCUGGGUUAGAAAGACAGAAGCAGGACCUGGAACAGAUGAUGCUGCUGCUUCAGGGUGAAAAGAAUGAGUUGGAAAAAAUGAAGGCAGACACUGAGAUACUUAGAGAGAAUCUGGAGAAGCAGACAGCAGAACAAAAAGAAAAGGAUAUCAUCACAAAGACAGACUUACAGCACCAGAGGGAUACUUUGGAACUGUUGAAGGCUGACAUAUUGAUGGAAAGAGAAAACAUUGAAAAGGAAAAGAAUGAAAUAAGCAUCAGGGGUUUUGAAAUGGACAACAAACAGAAAGAGUUGGAAAAACAAUGGAGGGAAAUGAAAGAAUUUAAAGAUGCUUUUAUGAUGGAACAAAAUAUGCUGGACAAGAGACAAGAAGAGCUGGACAAGAUGGCAGAGCAAAUCAGAAAGGAGAGAAAUGAUCUAGAGACCCUGAGACAAGAAAUAGAAGAAAAAGAACAGAAGCUUAAAGUAACCAUUCAGGAAGCUGAAAGUGAGACACAAGAAAUACAAACACAGACUGAGACUGUUGUAACUGAAGGCACUUUUGUAAAAGACAUAGAGGAGACAAUGAAAGAGCAGAGUUCAGAGGCAGCUGAAAUUGUCUCUUGGCUUGAAAGCAAAAGAGAAGAGCUUGAAAACAUAACAGUAGAAGUGCAGAAUAAAAAUAAAGACUUGGAUCAGGUCAAUGCUGAAAUACAAAGAUGGCAACAUGAAAUGAAAAUAAAUAAAAACCUGUAUGAAAAAGAGAUGAGUACAAUGCAACUAAAAAAAGAUGACUUACAAAAGGAGUUGGAAGAAUUACACUUCAAGGUGAAUCAACUGCGGAAAGAGGCUAAGCCAAUAAUUCUACAAAAAGAAAAAGUGGAAAAAGAUGCAGGAGAAUCCGAACAGAGAAAAAGAGAACUACAUCUAAUUCAAACUGAACUUUCUAAACAAAGAGAUGAACUGCUAGACUUAAAGAACAUUGUCACAAAAGAAAAAGAAGAGCUUGAGAAAAUCACAUUAGAAGUACAGAAUAAAAAUAAAGACCUGGAGCAAGUAAAUGCUGAAGUACAAAGGCACCAACAUGAAAUGAAAAUCAAUAAAAAUCUACAUGAAAAAGAGAUGAGUGCAAUGCAACAGAAACAAGAUGACUUACAAAUGGAGUUGGAAGAAUUGGAUGCUAAGGUAAAGCAACUGAGGAAAGAGACAGAGACGACAAUGCUAGACAAAGAAAAGGAGACAUUUAAACAAGUUGAACAACUGCUCAGUGAAAGUGUAAUCGAGGAAGAGGAAAAAGAUGCAGAACAAACUGCACUAAUUCAAGCUAAGCUCUCUAAGGAAAGGGAUGAACUGCUUCACUUAAAGAGCAUGGUCACAAAAGAAAGGAAUGUACUGGAAGCGAAGCAGAUUGAGAUAAACCAGCAACAGCAGGAGGUGGACGAUGCCAUUUCAACCAUAAAGAAGGAGAGACAUGAAAUUGAACAAGAGAAGUUUGCACUUGAUGGUGAGAAAAACACGUUCAAGAGAAUUAUGCAGCUAGAGAAAGAAGAGCUUGAACAACUGAAAAGUAGUAUUCAGAAGGACAUGGAGGAAAUUAAAGAUGGUAAAGAGCAUCUUAAGUCUGAGAAAAGUCAAAUUGAGAAUGAGAGAGCUGAUCUAGACAGACAAAGAGGAUUAAUAGAAGAUGCCAAACAAAAUAUACACCAAGAGACAACUUUAAUACAACAGGAAAAAGCACUGAUGCAGAAAGAGAGCAUCACAAAGAAGACACAAAGUGAAUUAGAGGGGCUGGAUUUGCGACUUGAAGAGCUUAAAAAGGAGAUGGGCAACAUCACUGAGCAGACUCACAGAAAGCAACAAGAGCUGAUGAUGCUUAACAAGGAAAUACAUGAAAAGAAACAAGUGCUAGAACAAUACAAAGAAAAAUCACGACAAGUUGAGCAAGCUGAAGAAAAAGAGACUCAUCUGUUAUCUAUGGAGAGUAUGAGUGUUUCGAAGGACAAAGCUGAGACUCAAAAGAAAGAUCAGGAAUAUCCUGAAGACGAACAAAAGCCAAGACUAGACAACGUACAAGAUGCUCAAACACAAACUAAUUAUGUGGAGGAUUAUUUGAAGGAACACUAUGACAGAGUGGAACAAGGCGUAGUUGGGGAAAUUACUGGAGAAGAACAAACCUCAGGAGAUUUUUCUGUAAUGGUAGAAACACAUGAUCCAAACCAAUUUGAGGAGAGUCUUUUUCCUCCAGAGAAAGAAAUAGACAUCCUAAGGAAGUCACUCAGUUCAGAGCUGAUUGAGCUAAAGCAAAUAAAGGAAAAUGCUCUAAAAGAAAAGGAUGAACUGACACAGGCAAGGGCUGACAUUCAAACGAAGACUGAGAAUCUUAAAACAAUGCUGGAAGAAGCUAAGAGGGAGAAGGAAGAGGAUAAGACUGAGAAUCUUAAAACAUUGCUGGAAGAAGCUAAGAGGGAGAAGGAACGGAAGAGAACUGAGACUGAGAAUCUUAAAACAAUGCUAGAAGAAACUAAGAGGGAGAAGGAAGAGAAUAAGACUGAGACUGAGAAUCUUAAAACAAUGCUGGAAGAAGCUAAGAGGGAGAAGGAAGAGGAUAAGACUGAGACUGAGAAUCUUAAAACAAUGCUGGAAGAAGCUAAAAGGGAGAUGGAAAGGGACAAGACUGAGACUGAAAUUCUUAAAACAAUGCUGGAAGAAGCUAAGAGGGAGAAGGAAAGGGACAAGACUGAGACUGAGAAUCUUAAAACAAUACUGGAAGAAGCUAAGAGGGAGAAGGAAAGGGACAAGACUGACUUUGAGAAUCUUAAAACAAUGCUGGAAGAAGCUAAGAGGGAGAAGGAAAGGGACAAGACUGAGACUGAAAAUCUUAAAACAAUGCUGGAAGAAGCUAAGAGGGAGAAGGAAGAGGACAAGACUGAGACUGAGAAUCUUAAAACAAUGCUGGAAGAAGCUAAGAGGGAGAAGGAAGAGGACAAGACUGAGACUGAGAAUCUUAAAACAAUGCUGGAAGAAGCUAAGAGGGAGAAGGAAAGGGAGAAGACUGAGACUGAGAAUCUUAAAACAAUGCUGGAAGAAGCUAAGAGGGAGAAGGAAAGGGAUAAGACUGACUUCGAGAAUCUUAAAACAAUGCUGGAAGAAGCUAAGAGGGAGAAGGAAAAGGAUACGACUGAGACUGAGAAUCUUAAAAGAAUGCUGGAAGAAGCUAAGAGGGAGAAGGACAGGGACAAGACUGAGACUGAGAAUCUUAAAACAAUGCUGGAAGAAGCUAAGAGGGAGAAGGAAGAGAAUAAGACUGAGACUGAGAAUCUUAAAACAAUGCUGGAAGAAGCUAAGAGGGAGAAGGAAGAGGAUAAGACUGAGACUGAGAAUCUUAAAACAAUGCUGGAAGAAGCUAAAAGGGAGAUGGAAAGGGACAAGACUGAGACUGAGAAUCUUAAAACCAUGCUGGAAGAAGCUGAGAGGGAGAAGGAAGAGGACAAGACAGAGACUGAGAAUCUUAAAACAAUGCUGGAAGAAGCUAAGAGGGAGAAGGAAAGGGACAAGACUGACUUUGAGAAUCUUAAAACAAUGCUGGAAGAAGCUAAGAGGGAGAAGGAAAGGGACAAGACUGAGACUGAAAAUCUUAAAACAAUGCUGGAAGAAGCUAAGAGGGAGAAGGAAGAGGACAAGACUGAGACUGAGAAUCUUAAAACAAUGCUGGAAGAAGCUAAGAGGGAGAAGGAAGAGGACAAGACUGAGACUGAGAAUCUUAAAACAAUGCUGGAAGAAGCUAAGAGGGAGAAGGAAAGGGACAAGACUGAGACUGAGAAUCUUAAAACAAUGCUGGAAGAAGCUAAGAGGGAGAAGGAAAGGGAGAAGACUGAGACUGAGAAUCUUAAAACAAUGCUGGAAGAAGCUAAGAGGGAGAAGGAAAGGGAUAAGACUGACUUCGAGAAUCUUAAAACAAUGCUGGAAGAAGCUAAGAGGGAGAAGGAAAAGGAUAAGACUGAGACUGAGAAUCUUAAAACAAUGCUGGAAGAAGCUAAGAGGGAGAAGGAAAGGGACAAGACUGAGACUGAGAAUCUUAAAACAAUGCUGGAAGAAGCUAAGAGGGAGAAGGAAAAGGAUAAGACUGAGACUGAGAAUCUUAAAACAAUGCUGGAAGAAGCUAAGAGGGAGAAGGAAAGGGACAAGACUGAGACUGAGAAUCUUAAAACAAUGCUGGAAGAAGCUAAGAGGGAGAAGGAAAGGGACAAGACUGAGACUGAAAUUCUUAAAACAAUGCUGGAAGAAGCUAAGAGGGAAAAGGAAAGGGACAAGACUGAGACUGAGAAUCUUAAAAAAAUGCUGGAAGAAGCUAAGAGGGAGAAGGAAGAGGAUAAGAUUGAGACUGAAAAUCUUAAAACAAUGCUGGAAGAAGCUAAGAGGGAGACGGAAAGGAAUAAGACUGAGACUGAGAAUCUUAAAACAAUGCUGGAAGAAGCUAAAAGGGAGAUGGAAAGGGACAAGACUGAGACUGAAAUUCUUAAAACAAUGCUGGAAGAAGCUAAGAGGGAAAAGGAAAGGGACAAGACUGAGACUGAGAAUCUUAAAAAAAUGCUGGAAGAAGCUAAGAGGGAGAAGGAAGAGGAUAAGAUUGAGACUGAAAAUCUUAAAACAAUGCUGGAAGAAGCUAAGAGGGAGACGGAAAGGAAUAAGACUGAGACUGAGAAUCUUAAAACAAUGCUGGAAGAAGCUAAGAGGGAGAAGGAAAAGGACAAGACUGACUUUGAGAAUCUUAAAACAAUGCUGGAAGAAGCUAUGAGGGAAAAGGAAAGGGAGAAGACUGAGACUGAGAAUCUUAAAACAAUGCUGGAAGAAGCUAAGAGGGAAAGGGAAAGGGACAAGACUGAGACUGAGCAUCUUAAAACAAUGCUGGAAGAAGCUAAGAGGGAGAAGGAAGAGGACAAGACUGAGACUGAGAAUCUUAAAACAAUGGAAGAAGCUAAGCGGGAGAAGGAAGAAGAUAAGACUGAGACUGAGAAUCUUAAAACAAUGCUGGAAGAAGCUGAGAGGGAGAAGGAAAGGGACAAGACUGACUUUGAGAAUCUUAAAACAAUGCUGGAAGAAGCUAAGAGGGAGAAGGAAAGGGACAAGACUGAGACUGAAAAUCUUAAAACAAUGCUGGAAGAAGCUAAGAGGGAGAAGGAAGAGGAUAAGACUGAGACUGAGAAUCUUAAAACAAUGCUGGUAGAAGCUAAGAGGGAGAAGGAAGAGGACAAGACUGAGACUGAGAAUCUUAAAACAAUGCUGGAAGAAGCUAAAAGGGAGAUGGAAAGGGACAAGACUGAGACUGAAAUUCUUAAAACAAUGCUGGAAGAAGCUAAGAGGGAGAAGGAAGAGGACAAGACUGAGACUGAGAAUCUUAAAACAAUGCUGGAAGAAGCUAAGAGGGAGAAGGAAGAGGACAAGACUGAGACUGAGAAUCUUAAAACAAUGCUGGAAGAAGCUAAGAGGGAGAAGGAAGAGGAUAAGACUGAGACUGAGAAUCUUAAAACAAUGCUGGUAGAAGCUAAGAGGGAGAAGGAAGAGGACAAGACUGAGACUGAGAAUCUUAAAACAAUGCUGGAAGAAGCUAAAAGGGAGAUGGAAAGGGACAAGACUGAGACUGAAAUUCUUAAAACAAUGCUGGAAGAAGCUAAGAGGGAGAAGGAAAUGAAUAAGACUGAGACUGAGAAUCUUAAAACAAUGCUGGAAGAAGCUAAGAGGGAGACGGAAAGGAAUAAGACUGAGACUGAGAAUCUUAAAACAAUGCUGGAAGAAGCUAAGAGGGAAAAGGAAAGGGAGAAGACUGAGACUGAGAAUCUUAAAACAAUGCUGGAAGAAGCUAAGAGGGAGAAGGAAGAGGACAAGACUGAGACUGAGAUUCUUAAAACAAUGGAAGAAGCUAAGCAGGAGAAGGAAGAGGAUAAGACUGAGACUGAGAAUCUUAAAACAAUGCUGGAAGAAGCUGAGAGGGAGAAGGAAAGGGACAAGACUGACUUUGAGAAUCUUAAAACAAUGCUGGAAGAAGCUAAGAGGGAGAAGGAAAGGGACAAGACUGAGACUGAAAAUCUUAAAACAAUGCUGGAAGAAGCUAAGAGGGAGAAAGAAAAGGACAAGACUGAGACUGAAAUUCUUAAAACAAUGCUGGAAGAAGCUAAGAGGGAGAAGGAAAAUGAUGAAAACCUAUUGCUCAAGCUUACAAAAAAGAACAAGGAAUUAUCACAAGCCAUGGCAGAGAAAGAUCAAGGAGUGGAGCAACUCCAAAGCAAAAUCCAGAAAAUGACAGAGGAACUGGAGAUGACAAUGCAAGCAGUGAAAGAAGAGAAGGAGAAAAUAGAGAUGGACAAAAAUGUGUUGAGUAGAGAAAGAAAUGAACUAGAACAAAUGAAGGCUGGAGCAUUGAAGAAGGUGUCAAGAAGCGUAGAACAAACAAAGCCAAUGGAAAUGGAAAAAGUGGAAUCCAGCAUAGGUGUUCCAGUAAAGACAAUGACAGAUGAGACAAUAAAACCUGGCAGACCAACGAUGACAGAAAGUACAGAUGCCCAGACGCAGACUUACGCAGUCGAACCAAUGCAGCAGGAAUUUUUCCACGGCAUCCCACAACACACAGGAGAAGAAGCAGUAGUAGAAGAACUUAUCCUCAUAAGAUCUGACUUGGAGAAACAGAGAGUUGAACUUGAAGACAAAAGAAAAUCCAUAAAAACAUGUGAACUACAGCUUGAAAGUAUGAAAUCUAAUAUAAAGGAAACAGAGAAAGAAUGUGGAAUUGCUGAAAUGAAAAAGAAAGAGAUCAUAGAGGAUAUUAAUGUAAGAAGUAAUGAUCUGGAGAAGAUUAAGGCAGAAAGCCAGAAACAGAUAGAGGAGAUGAAACAUUUAGCACAGCUGAUUCAAAGCAGAAAGCAGAUUCUGCAGCAAAUGGAAGAAGACAUACAACAAAAACAAAGAGAGAUGAUGAGGAGAGAGUUAAGUAAACAGAAAACAGAGAUACAGGACAGAGAAGAUUUCAGAGAAAAACAGUUAACGUAUGAGAAGAAGGAGGCAAAGGAUGUUGGCAUACAGUGUAUAGUGGAACAGGAAGUAAAAGACUAUCACUUUAUGGCUGAUGCCAAACCUACAGUGCAAAAUACUUGCACUACUCAGACAUACGAUGAAGAUUUCGCCAUCAUUGAAGAUGAGACACCUGACAGAGACCUUCUGAUCUACAAAAAGGAGAUAGACAAAAUGUCUAGAACAAUAGACGACAUGAAAGAAGAGCUAGAAAAGAGAUUACAAGACAUCCGAAGAAAAGAGCUGGAAAGAGCCGGAAUCCAGAAAGAGAAAAUCGAGCUGGAGCUAAAGAAGUCUGAAAUGGAAAGGUAUAAUGAAGCGCUUCGCCAAGAGAGCGAGACGGACAGACAAAAAGUCAUUGAGAGAGAGAAAGAAAUCAUCCUGUUAAAGGAAUGCAUGCUGAUGGAGAUUCAGCACCUGAAGAGCAAGCGGACAGACCCAAGCACCCAAGAAUACUUGCAGAGGCUGGAGCAACUCAUCAGUGAAGCAGCUAUAAAGAUGGACAGAUUUAGACGGAUGACAGACAAAUCCGUGCAGACAGUGGCACAAGAGUGGACCGCAGAAGAAAGGAGAGGCACUGUUCAGCAGGUGGAGGAUGUCAAGGUACAGGAGUGGACUGGACAGGAGGAGGCUGCCACCUCUAGUGUUCAUGUCCUGGUUGAGGAGAGGGAGGAGGACGCAGUGAGAACAGAGAGGCUGAGGGGUGCUCUGGCUGCAGACGUGUCACGGAGAAGGUGGCUGCUGCGGUGGCUCAGAAGAUGCUGCUGCUGCUGCUGUCCUACACAAACAGAAGAAGAGGAGCAAGACAUCCUGUGAUCUUCAAAAUGUUUCAAUAUUUAGCAGAUGACCUUGUUUUUAUUUAUUUUAUAUAUUUUUUGCUUUUAGCUUUUACAUUGUAAGGUCAUUUAAUGGCAUGGGGCAAUAUACCUUUGAAAAGCACUUUUUUACAAUACGAUUGAAGUUCUAUCCUUGAGAUAUGAGAAGUUUGUAUAGUAAUGAUGAUUUGCUAAAGAAAAAAAAAUAGAAAAGUACAUCCAAGCAAGUGCAUGUGUGUUUUAUCAUGUUUAUGCUUGAACAUUUAAUGGCAUGGGACAAUGUUAUUUUUGAUGGUAGGCAUGAUUUGCUAAAGAAAAGAAUCCAAUAGCACUUACAUUCAUAUUUUUUAUUUAAAAACUCCCCUAUUCUCUAUCUGCUAUAUGUGAAAAUCUAGCACACUACAUAGAGCACUAUUAAAGGGAAUAUAAUUCCACAAGCUAGUGAAUGAUUUUGGACACCUUUAUCUAACUUUAAACCAAAUAGUUUGAUGAUUAUGAUAUGAUGAUAUUCCUUGUCAGCUAGGUACAUUGUUCACUUUUUAUUACGCUGCACUUAAGAGUUGUGGAUAUUUGCCACUAUGUUUUUAAGACACCACUACAACAUGAUUGAAACCCAAAGUAGUGCACUAUAAAUAGCUCAAGCUUAUAACAGAUUUUUGAAACAUGUAUAUAGGUAGUCAUUUUCAUAUACUACUAUAGCUACUUAACAUUCCAUAAUUCCUAUUUAUUCUACUGUUUGUGUUUUAAUCAUAAUUCAUACACGUAUUCUUCAUUCUUCCCAGUAUUGUUUUUGUAAGCCAAGCUGAUCAAUCCACUUUAAAAUGAUUUACAAUAAGUGAUUUCAACUAGUUUUUGUUUUGUAUUAUUUUAUUAUUUUUUUGUUAUUUUUUUUUUCUUCAUGCAUUUGAUUUAUAAUGAGUUGAUUUUAAACUUUACCAAUUUGUUGUUUGUGUUAGUUCUUAUUGUAAUGCAAUUAAAUGUACAGGUGUAGGUACAGUGUGCACAUCCUAUAAUGAUCUGUGCUUUGUGCUGCUGAGAUUAAGAGGCUCUGGUUCCCAAAUCCAGGUGACUAUGUUGCCAUUUUGAAUUUCUUAUUUUGGACAGAAGGAUUUUUCUACAACGUUGCCUGAGGCAAAGCUACCAGCUGUACCCAGGGCCAACCUGCAGAAACAAGCAUUUAGCAUACUCAAAGUGUGUGCAAAUGUUUGAAGAUUCUGCGUGGCUGGUACACAGGAAAUGGUGGAAGGUUGAACAUUCAUCGGAGGAGACGUGUGCUAGCCAUCACCAAUGCAAACUGCUGUUGUCUGGCAAUGAGGGGAGAUCCUUUUUCAAAAAAUAAAUUAAACUCAAAUAGAAAUACUGAAAAUAUUUAUUUGGAUUGGAAGGCAAAAUUCAAAGACUCCCAGGGCAAUGAAACAGCUCUGAGAAUGUCACAAAUCUCCAAAAGAACUCUGCAGCCAUGAGCUCUGAGUGUAAACAGAUGAUGCAACUACACUUGCACCAAUACUUAUUUAUUUGUUUGUUUGCUAAUUUAUUCAGGAAAAUCAGAUUAAUACUUGGGAAUAACUCAACAAAGCAAAAAAUAUAUAUAUAUAUAUAUUUGUUGUUCCAUGUGGUGGUGAUUAAGUAAUAUACGCACUUUGUUACAAAAAAAACAACAAAAGAAAUAAUUGUUGAAGUGGUUUUGUGAAAAUAUCUGUAAUGCAUGCUAUUCAGUUUAAGAUAUAUUGGAAUCAAUAAAAUUAUAUCACACUUGAA